AUGGGAGAAGGCAUCUGCGCACACAUGCCAGUGUACACCCUUGGUGAGGUAUCACUACACGUACUGGGGCACAGAUGGGCAGAAGCCUUUGCAAGUAUCAGGGAAGUUCACAUAUCUAAUAUCUGCCCAUAUGUGCCAGUUAUGCCUGUAACUUUACAUAUGAACAGGGCUAUGCCUUCCUGGUUUGAUACUUUAGGGAUGCUUUUGCCAGAUUCUCAGGGAGAUGAAACUGAAAUUAAACAUAAAAGGUUUAAUAGGUUAAGAGGUGAAGAAUGGCACAUUCCUUCUAACAGAAUUAUUUUGGGAGGAUUUUCACAAGGUGCUAUCAGUGGUACUGACAAAGAUGUUUCUGUUGUCCAGUGCCAUGGAGAUUCCAAUCCCUUAUUUCUCCUAAUGUUUAGUUCCUCUACUGUUGAAAAACUAAAAUUGUUGUUAAAUCCAGCCAAUGUAAUCUUCAAAACCUACAAAGACAUAAUGCACAGUUCAUUUCAACAGGAAAUAGUGGAUGUAAAGCAAUUCAUUGAUAAACUCCUACCUCCAACUGAUCGACCUCACGAGGAGGCCUUAUGGAGAAGAAGUACACCAGCAGUGCCGUAG